AUGUCGAGACGCUACGACAGUCGCACGACCAUCUUCUCGCCGGAAGGCAGACUCUACCAAGUCGAGUACGCGCUCGAGGCCAUCUCACACGCCGGCACUGCACUGGGCAUUCUCGCCAACGAUGGCAUCGUCCUCGCCGCUGAGCGCAAGGUCACCAGCAAGCUGCUCGAGCAAGACACCAGCGCAGAGAAGCUGUACAUCCUGAACGACAACAUGAUCUGCGCCGUCGCGGGCAUGACCGCCGAUGCCAACAUCCUCAUCAACUACGCCCGACAAGCCGCACAGCGAUACCUGCUCACCUACAACGCCGACAUCCCCUGCGAGCAGCUCGUGCGGCGGCUGUGCGAUCUCAAGCAAGGCUACACACAGCACGGUGGACUACGACCCUUUGGCGUCUCCUUCAUCUACGCAGGUUGGGACAACCAGCGUCAGUUCCAGCUCUACCAGUCGAAUCCAUCAGGCAACUACACCGGCUGGAAGGCGACCAGUGUGGGAGCAAACAACGCCAGCGCGCAGUCACUACUGAAGCAAGAUUACAACGAGCACUGCAACCUCAAGCAGGCGUGUGAGCUGGCUGUCAAGGUGUUGUCCAAGACCAUGGACAGCACGAAGCUGUCGAGUGAGAAGAUUGAGUUUGCUACAGUGGGCAAGACAAAGAGUGGCACCAUCUACCACCAUCUAUGGACUGCUGAAGAGAUCGAUACACUACUCAAGGAGCACGGUCUGGCGAAGGCAAGUGACGAUGAGGAGCCCGAGGCUGGUCUGAGCGAGCAGACGUACCUCAAAUUCUCCAAUCACCUGCGCACUGACAUACUCAUCUUGACCACAGACUUCUCGGCGAAGACUACCCUCAUGGCAACAAGGAACCGCAAACCCCGAGACAAACCAAACGGGGCAACAAAUGCGGCGGACGCGACAAGAUCUGAGUCGCCGGAGUGGAUGCGAGAGCUUACGACAGCAAAGGCGACACAUCCACUGGCCGGCAGCUCCUCUGAAGCACUGGACCUCAAUUCAGUCCGCGCUACCGAGACACCCGACAUCCAGUUCAUCCGCCCCGAGCUCCAUCAGUUUCCAGUAGUACUCUAUCACUGCUCGAGUCCAGCGGCAACAUGUAUCACCAUCAAGUCUUGGCUCGAGACCAACCUUGGGAGCAACAUUGAUACCACGCUUCAUAUUGUGCGCAUGGAGAAGCAGUAUCUGCAUCUGAUGUCAGAGCGACAUGCCCCGGGCACUCUUGUCCUACUCGAUCACGCCGCAUACAUCCCGGCCAACGACGGCGACGUGCCAGUUACUAUUCUGGCCCUCGUCAUGGAGCAGGAUAAGUACGUGCGUUUCUUCUACUCCAUCCUGCCUUUCACACCUCUCUUGCAUGUCCUCGAAGACACCUCGAAUGACAGCGGACAACCUUUCAUUUCCUUCAAAAAGUCCGUCGGCGCGUACACAGAAAGCAAGCAUCGAGUCACUGAUGAGGGUGGCGAGAAUCGACCAGACCGGCAUUGUCGCUUGUUUGUGUUUUUUCGCGAGACCUUUGAGCGCGCCCUCAAGGUGCCUGACCAUCCAGACUUCGUCUCUGCAGAGGCGAUGACCGACUAUGCGCCUGACAUCAAGGACCCGGACACGGCACUGGCCAGACUUGAGAGCGAUGAGACCUUAUGGAAAGAGUAUCCGUCCGCUCUCGACAAAAUCGAUAUGGAAGAGAGGACGGAAGAUGGUGUGACUAUCACACCGAGUGACGAUAGAUACAUCGCCCUACUACAUCCGGCCGAGAGGGAGCUUGCAUUUCAGAUGGAGUUGAAGGCGAGUGCGUACUUACUGAUCAAGAGAAACUUCUUUGCAACCUUCUACACCGAGAUCCAGAGGAACGAGAAGAAGCCGGGCAAGCCACUUCGCUCCGAUCACGCAUCUUCACAGUGGUUGGAGAGAGAAUAUGGUUGGGUCAACAGGAAGGCAAGGAGACUCGUCGUUGGAUGGCGGAUACUGGGCCUGCUUGAUGAAAGCAGAGUGAUGCAGUGGAUCAACGAAGGAGGUAUUCUGGCGGUAUCGAUGCAGAAGCGGGAAGAUGAUGAGGAGAACGAAAGCAACGAUCAGGCUGGCAAGGUGGUGGCCAGAUCUGCUUAG